AUGGAAAAAAUUAGUGUAUGUUUAAGAAUAAGACCACUUAAUCAAAAAGAAAUUAAUGACAAUGAAAUAAUAGCUUGGGAUGCAAAUGAAUCCAAAAUUUAACUUAAUAAAAUUUGCUUAAAGGAAUUGAUUGCUUAAAAAAAAGUAGUCAAUAGUUUGAUUUAUGAAUUCAAUCAUUGUUAUGGAUAACAAGCUGACAAUUAUUACUUGUUUUCAACCUCUGUUAAAUAAGUAAUUAUGCAAUCUUUAGAUGGCAUCAAUGGGACUGUCAUUAUGUAUGGAUAAACAGGGUCAGGCAAAACAUUUACAAUGUUAGGUAAGAGAAAUUAGGAGAUGCUACAAAAUAAUAAUAGCAACAUUUAGUAAUUAAUCAAAGAUAGUUUUGCAAAUAAUCAAUACAACGAUGUUGGAAUUUUGAUCUAUUCAAUGAUGGAACUUUUUAAACAGAUUAAUAUUGUAUAAACUACUUAUAUAUCAUUAGGAUGAAAAAAGAUAGUUUGAAAUUAAAUGUAGUUAUUAUGAAAUCUACAAUGAGUUUAUUUAUGAUCUAUUACGUGAAGAAAAUGAGUUAUCUGAACCUCUCAUUUUUGGAACUGAUUAUCGUAAGGUAAAUUAUAUUCUAAUUAAAUUAGGAAUUUGUUAUUAAAAAUAUCAAAGAAUUCAAUGUUACUUCUAUUGAAGAUGUGAUAACUUGUAUUUCAAAGGGAGAAAAAAAUAGACAUUAUGCAGAAACUAUAUUGAAUCAUCAAAGUAGUAGAAGUCACACAAUUUUCAAAGUACUUAUAAGUGCUUACUCAAAUGAAUCUGAAGAAGAAGAAAACUUUACUUUUUCAACUGAAGCAUGCAUCAACUUUAUUGAUUUAGCUGGAAGUGAAAAAAUUACAUCAAGUCCCAUUUCUGAUGAUAUUACUAGAAAUUCUAAUAGGAAAGAUAGAAAUAAAGAAAGUUCUGCAAUUAAUAAGAGUUUAUUCUUUUUAACAAGAGUUAUUGCAUUAAAAACAUAAAAAGUUCCACCUUAACAUAUCCCUUAUCGUAAUUCAACUUUAACUAAAUUAUUAAAGUAAUUAAAAUUAUAAUAUUCUUUAGAUCUUCUCUUACAGGAAACUUCAAAACCUUAAUUUUAUUGAGUAUUAAUCCUGGAUUGAGCUAAUAUGAUCAAACAUAAUCAACUCUUAGAUUUGGUACAAGUGCAAAAUUAGUUGAAUCUAAAAUUGAAUAAAAUGUCAAUUUUGAUGCUUCCUAUUCUAAUAAUUAAUAAAAAUUAAAUUAAUUAAUCUAAAAAAAUAAAUAAAAUGAAAAGAUUAUUUCAGAUUAAUAAAAAAUUAUUGAUUCAUUAAAAUAGUAAUUGUAAACAUCAAAUUGUUCAGAAAUUUUAACAAAUUUUAAAUAAUCAGAAGUAUAAUUAGUUUCAAAACCAUCAGUUAGCUAAUUUAAUGAAACUGAUGUAUCUCUAUUGGAGAAAACUUAAGAGCUAAAUUCAUAACUUCAAUAAGAAAUGGAAAAGAAUGUACUUUUAGAAAAAAAUUGUACAGAACUUCAUAAAAGAUUAUAGAAAUCUAAUGAAUAGAUUUUAACAUAUUUCAAUUCACAUAAAGAAAUGGAAUAAUAAAUUAAAGAAUUAAAACUACAAAAUGAGAAAUAUGAAAAAUUAUCUUAAAAUGCUUUAAAUAGACUUUCAUGUUAUGAAGGAUAACCAAAUUUCAAAAAAUUUAGUUUAGAUGAACUUUAAAAUUUAGAACAUUAGAUAUAAUAAUGUUUAUAAGAAAUUAAAGUAAUUAAAUUAUUAAAUAUAUUUAGAUAGAAAAAUAAAGAAGAAAUUCAUUUUAAUAAUUGAAUAUAGAUGCAAUGCCACUAUUUACUUAACCAACAGAAACUUUAAGAUCUGAUAGAAGUAGUGCUAGUUAAGAUUUUCGUAGAAUUGAAGAGUAAUUAAUAUAAUAAAAAUAGAGAAGACUCUUUACCUAAAAGUUAUAAGAAAACUCCAAAAAAGGAUGUUAAAUAAUUACAACCAAAAAAAUAGUAAUAAAGUUAUUUCAAAGCCACAUCUAAUCGAUUAUCUACACUUUCAAAUAAUGAAAAUAAGUCUCCUUUACUUAAAAAACCAAAUUUAAGAGAUGCAAAAAAUUUUGCCAAAAAAAUUUAAGAUUAGAAAAGUAUUUAAAGUAAUAAUAAUAAUUUAGAUUAAAAACCAACUUAAAUUUAAGAGGAUUAUAGAAGUAAAUCUAAUGAAAAUCACUCGUAAUAGGGGUGUUCUUAAUAGCCAGAAUAAAGUAAAUUAAAAAAUGAUAUUUAAUCAUUGGCUGAUAGAUUAUAUUCUUUAUCAGAAAAGUUCUAGUUAAAUAAAGAUUCUAGAGUUAGUUAAAGUAGAAAAAGUACUAACAUGAAUAGAACUGAUAUAAUUUAUGAAACAGAAUCAGAAUUACUAGGAGAUAGUAGAACAACAAUCCAUAAAAGUAAUCGUUCAGCUAUGAAAUGAUAAAUUAUUAUAAUUUCAAUUGAAAAUUAACUUGUAUAUUUUUUAGUUUAAGUAUGAAAUUUUUAUUUAAAUUUAGAAGAUGGUGUUUCUAAAUUUAAAGUUGGAAUUGGUGUUAGUUUUUAAAUAUGAAUUUAUUGUUUUCCUCCUUAACUUUAAAUAUGAUUAAUAUAUUAUUUAUAGGAAAUGUAGAAAAUCAAUGAUAGAAAGCAACCUGAAGUAGCCAGAAGUUCUAAGAAACGUUUCUCAAUUUCAAGAGAAAUAGCGAAUAGAAGAAUGAGCAACUCUAAUUUAUUCUCGUCAGAAGAAAGUAAAAUAAGAAUGUUAGGAAGCAGACAUUCAGUUUCAUCUAUCAAAAGCAAACAAAAAGUUAACAUUUCAAUGAACAAAGAUUUAUCUUCAGGAUCAUCAUCAUUCUCUAGUGAUUCAGAAUCAAAUAAGGAAUCAAUAGACUAAUCAAUAAUUUUAAAGGAUAAUAUUGGUGUAAUAUAACAACCUCAAUCAUCCUUUUAUUAAGUGUAAGAUAAAUUAAUUUUGCCUAAUAUGUCAUUUGAAUAAGAUUAUAUAAAUCCAUUGGAUAUAUCUGAUGGAAUUGAAAAGUCUAUUUUAAAAAUAUAAUUUAUUGAUUUUGAACAUAGAUGGGGAAUGAAACAAGAUAUAAAUAUUCAAAAAUAAUGUGGAGGAGAUCAAAUGCUUUAAUCCUAAGCAAGUGAGGGGAUGUCCUCACAUAGAUCAUUAAAAAUGUCUCAUCGAAGCAAAAAAGGGAUAUUUUAAUCUAAAUUGUAGGCAACUCAAAGUAGAGGCAAAUAAUAAAUAAGUGAUAGUGAAGAUGAUGAUUAUACUGACGAUUAAGAGGUAGAUGAUAAAAUGAAGAAAAAAUAUUAAAAAUUAUAUGAAAGAAACCCAUUUGAAGAUCCAUACUAUGUUAAAUUAUAGGAUCUUCAUGGAUUCGAAAGAUUGCAUUAUGAAAUUAAUGUAAUAUUAAAAUAGUAAUUAAUAGGUUUAUAAUGAUGAUAAAAAAUUUCUAAAAUUAAGAAAAUAAAUAGUUUAUUAUUCUUUAUUUAUUCCAAUCUUAUGCAAAAGAAUAAUCAGAAGUGUUCUGUAUAAAAUAAUUAUGUCUUUUCUAAUUAUUUUUAAUGUUGCAUUAUACAUAUACUCUUAAACUAAUUAAGAUCCACUUUCAACUAAAAAUAUGGAGAAAGCUAUUAUGAUUUGUUUCUUGAUAGAGUUGGGAAUCAGAAUAGUAGCUUCAGGUGUAUUAAUUCCAAAAGGAGCCUUUUUUAAAAAUUUCUAAGAUAUAUUUGAUUGUAUUUUGGUUGUAGUUUAUGUUUUAAACAUAAAUUAUCCUGAUGUAUUUAUAGUAGAUGUAUCUCCUUUAAGAGUGAUAACAUUGCUACUUUAUUUAGGAGAUAUCUUUUCAGGAUUAGGAGUGAUGUUAAAAGCAUUGAAAUAAUCUUUUAGAUUUCUUUUAGAAGCUUUAAUGAUAGUAGGAUUAUUUUCUUUAUUUUUUGCAAUAAUAGGAGUUUUUUUGUUUCAAGGUUUAUUUAAUUAUAGAUGUCAAUAUGAUAAUGGAGAUGAAACUGAUGGUUGGAUAUAAUGCAAUUAAAAUUCAUGUUAUGAGGAAGGAAUGUCGUGUUAAUUUUCAUCAUUUACUCCAAAAUUACCAACAUCAUUUAAUAAUGUAAUUUAUUCUUAUGGAUAAGUAUUGAGAACUAUUACAAUGGAUGAUUGGAGUUGGGUAAUGUUCUUUACUAUGAGAAUAUAUCAUCCUUGGACUUGGUUAUAUUAUUUAUUAAUUAUUUUUGUUUGUGGUUUCUUUGGAUUUAAUUUGGUUAUUGCAGUUAUUAAAAUACAUUAUGCUGAAGCUACAGAAGAGAAUGCUAAAGAAGAAGAAAUGAAAUAAAUAUAAUAAAAGAUUAAGGAGAAUAGAGAAUUGCCAGAAAGAGAUAUUAUUAAUGUUUUUGAUGUUGCUUUUUUGAGAUAUAUUGAGUUUUUUUCUGUUAUUCAAAGAUAUAGAUAAGCUUUAAAAUCCUCUUAUAGAACUAUUAAAAUAGAAGAGAAUAUAAAUGAAAAAGCAAAUUCAAAUAAAACAAGAAUACUAUCAGCUAAAUAAAAAAAGAAUGAUGAUUAAAAUCCAAAAGUAAUAAAAUAUUAUUACAAUAUUUUAGCAAAGUUAUUUUAAAAGAAUAAUUUAUAAAAUAUAGAAUUUUACAGUAAAAAAUAUAUUAUUGCCUAAAUUCUAAAUAUUGAAUGAGAAACAAAAGAAUGUUCAUAUUAAAAAAUAUACUGAAGAUGAAAUUGAAUUAUAAAUAUUAGAAAGAUUAAAAUCUUUUUAAUUUUCAUAAUUGUAAUCUUGUGUCAAUUAAUAAAUUCAAUAGAGAUUUGAAAGUGAAGGAGAUGUUUUACCAACUCUAAAGUAAUUCAUAUUUUUAUAUAAAUAGUUUACCUGAUUGUGAGAAAAAGGAAUUAGAAAAAGAAAUUAUUAAUAUGAGAAAUAUAAAAAUACCAGUUGUUUAUCCUGAUAUCAAAUAAAAAAAGAUAUAAUAAAUUGUGUAUGAUCAUAAAAAACUCAAUCAUUUUCCAGUUCGUAAGGUCAAAAGAAUUAUUCUUAAUUAGACAGAAGAUGAAUAAGCUGAUACUAAUAAUUCUUUCGAUCAAAAUCUUUGUAAUUAAAAGCAAAGUAUUGCACAAUCUCAUAGACUAAAACUUUCCUUAGGUGAUAAUAAGGUUCCAUUUGCCAUUAAAAAAUAAGAUUAAAAUUAUGUAUAUAUCCAAGGAUAUUAUUUAAAUCAUGAAGGAGUAUCUACAAAAAUUAAUGCUAAAAUUCAGAAAAAUAAAAAUUCUCAGCCUUCCAAUGAAUUUUAAUAUAGAUUAUUGAGAAGAAAAGAUAUUCAAUAGAAUUAAAUAUCAAAAAAAACUUGGUCUGGAAAUGAUGUUUUAAAAUUAAAUGAAUCUAGAUUGUUUAAUUUCAGAGAUGUAUUAAAAAGACUAAAUUUUAUUGAUAUUUAAAUUUGGAUGCUUGGAGUUUAAGGUAAGAUAGAAACAUUGCGUAAAUACUCCUAUCUAUUUAUUACAUCAUAAAUAAGCUAAUUGUUUUUUGAUUGUGUUAUUUUAAUCAAUUUUACAUUCCUAUCAUUGUAAGGAAUAGCUGAUUCAGUAAUAAUUUCAAAUUAAGAGGAUGUUUCAACAAUAUUCUUAUGCGUAGAAUUAGUAUUAAGAUUUUUUGCUUUUUCUUUUAAGGAUAUUUCUUAAAGUCCUGAUUAUGUAUUAUAAUCUUGCAUAGUAAUUUUGAACUUCAUCGAACUCACUAUGAGUUCAGUAAUGACAAAUUUAAAUGAAUAAAAUCUUAGAUUGAUAAGAGGGACAAAAUGUCUUCUAUUUUAUCGAGUAUUAAAAUAUAAUAAGAUGGCAGUAGCAAUUGGACAUAUUGCAUAGAAAACAUUUCGAUAAUAUAUAUAUUUGACAUUCUUAUUUUUUUUAGUUAUCUUUGUUUAUGCAAUGAUUGGUAUGGAGAUGUAUGCUGGUUAUUUUGAUUAAACAGAUUCUUUAGGAUAAUUGCAUUCAUAUGAUAAUAUUUUUAAGGCAUUUAUGACUAUAUUUAAUAUUUUAACAAAUGAUGAUUGGUAUGGAGUUUAUGUUUUGGGAGGUAAUAUUAAUUAUGUAUUUGCUGUAAUUUAUUCAUAUUCAAUGGUUAUUUUACUAAAUUAUAUAACAUAUGGUUUAGUGUUGGCUAUAUUAUUAGAUGGAUUUGGAACAAUAAACAAGGAAAUGUAGGAAUUGGAAGAAGAUUAAGAAUAAGAUGAUGAUAAAAAUAAUGAGAAAUAAGAAGAAUAAAAUUCAUAAAUAACAGAAUAAUAAGAAAUAAAUGAAUUUUAAUUAAAUUUAAAUCCAUUGAUUUCAUAAAUUAAUUUAGGUGAACAUCAAUAGAAAAAAUCUAAACAGAAUUUAGUCUAAAAUCUAAUGAAAUCAAUUAGACAAGUUCAUAAAGAUAUAUUAAACAAAUAUCCUAAUUUAUAUGAUGGAAUUCAAUGUAAAUAAUCAUUGUAUUUAUUUGAAAAAGAAAACAUUUUCAGAAUAUUAUGUUGUAGAAUAAUCACAUCAAAAUUCUUCAAUUACUUUAUGGAUACUGUUUUAUAUUAUUCAAUAGUAGUAUUUGCUUUGAAGACUUAUAAUGAUUAUGAGAGUGAUUCAUCGUAUUAUCCAGAAGUCUUAUAAUUCAUAGCAAAUAUAAUAUUUCUGUUAGAGAUUAUUUUUGGUAGCAUUGCUAAAGGAAUGUGGAUGAAUAAAGGGGCUUAUAUCACAUAUACAUGGUAAAUAGUUGAUGUCAUUUAUAUAAUUUCAUUCUUCUUUCAUUUCCUAUCAAAUAAAGAACAAAUCACAAUAGUGAAUUUCUUUUUAUAUUUAGGAUAUUUUAGAGUAAUGAAAUUGAUGUAUAGAAUAUCAUGGUUAAAUACAUUACGAUUAGCAUUAGGGAGAUCCUUAGCAGAUAUUUGGAAUGUAUUGAUUACUAUGCUUUCAGUUUGGAUUAUAUUUGGAGUUUAUGGAAUUAUUUUAUAUGAACAAUAGUUUGGAUUUUGUGAUGAUAAAAUGUAAUUUGAAGUUAAUAAGUAAGAAUGUUAAGAACAGAAUAGGACAUGGAUUAAUUAUAAACAUAAUUUUGAUAAUAUCACUAUAGCUAUUCCCACUCUAUUUGUAGUGUCUACUUUUGAUGGAUGGGGUGAAAUUAUGUAAAUAUCAGAAAACAGUUAAAAUUCUAAUAUAGGACCUGCAGCAUUUAAUAGUUACAUUCACACUUAUUUCUUUUUUAUAUCAUUUUGUUUUAUUGGAUCAAUGUUUUUUUUAAGUUUAUUUACAGGAGUCUUAUAUUCAAAUUUGAAAGCCAAUUAGAGUAAAAUUGAAAUGUCAGAUAUAACAAAAGCUCAAUUAGAAUUUAUGGAAAUCUCAUAAAUAAUUAUUAAAGACUUUCCAUUGUAUUCUUCACCUCCUACAUCUACUAUUAGAAGAUUUGCAUCUGAUUUAACAAAUAAUAAUAGUUUUUAAAAAGUUAUGUUUUGUUUAUUAUUACUUGAUUUAUUAGUGCAAUUGCUUUUCUUUUCAGAGAUGGAUGAUAAUCUUUUCAGAGUAUUAAAUGAUACUCAUAAUUGUUUAACUUAUAUAUACAUAAUAUGGAAUGUCUUCCUAUUUUUAGCAUUAGGAGUCAACAGAUUUUUUGAUAAUCAUUGGAGAAGAUUCUACUUUUUCUUGAUUAUUAUAGCCAUUAUUGAUAUUAUUGCAGAUUAUGAAUCAGAUUGGGCAUUGGUCUAUUUCAGAUCAUCUCCAGCUGAUUCUGGAUAUUAAAUCCUUAGGUUAUUCUUUGCUAUUAGAUGUUUAAGAAUUAUAUUGAUUUUCUAAGGAUUAAUAAAUCUAUAGAGAUUAAUGAGAGUAAUGGUCUUUGCUAUGCCAUUUUUGGGAAAGAUAUUUUGUUUAUUAAUUAUUACAAUGUAUAUUUUUGCACUUUUUGGUUGUUAAUUAUAUGGUUAAUUAGAAAAAGGAUAAGUAAUGGAUGAUUAAAUUAAUUUUCAAAAUGUUGCUUAAGCUAUGCUAUCACUUUUCAAAUGUGCAUCAGGAGAUGAUUGGAGAACUAUAAUGACUGACACUAUGUUCUAUAACCCUAAUUGUAUUGAAGAUGACAUCUAUUGUGGAAGCAUAUCUAAUUAAAUCUAUUUCUUCCUCUUUAUGUUAUUAUCAAACUAUGUUCUUUUAAAUUUGUUUGUCUUAGGCUUAGUUGAAUAAUUCGAAUAAUUCUUUAUGCUUUAAAAUUCAAUGAUUUAAACUUAUGUUGAAAAUGUUGAUAAGAUCAAAACUAUUUGGUGCAAAUAUUCUUCAGAAACUAAAGGUUAAGCUAUGCACUAUAAAUUUUUAUGUCGUUUCUUGUUAGAUAUUGGGAAACCUUUGGGAGGAGGAAAUGAUGAGAAUUUAUGGGAUGUUGGAAAAUUGGCUUCCUCAUUCAAAUUAUAAUGGUAUUUAUUAAUAUUAAUAAUUUAGUGAUCAUUUUGGAUAUAUUCAAUAUAAUCAAUUAAUAUAUGAAUUAUUUAGAGUUUGUUAUCAUGUUGAAGUAUUCAAAAAUGGCACAUCUUCUUCAAUUAAGAAGAUCAAAUAAUUUAAUAAAGAAAUGCAACUAAGAUUAAUGUAUUAUAGAAGAAACAGAUUUUUAUAAAGAACUAAUAUAAGUCCUAUUUUACAUUUGAAAGCCAAUUUCAAUAUUUUACAUGAUUAUUUGACAGUACUCAUCAUGUACAAAGCAUGGGAGGCUUUCUCUAAAAAACUAAUUAAGAAGUUAGCAGUUAAAUAGAAAUAAUUCACUGAAGAAGAUUUAGAAGAACAGGAUUCUUCUAUUGAUCAAAAAACUAUGAAUAAUCAAUAGUAAUUGUUUCAAUUUAUAAAUUAGUAUUGAUCAAGAUUGUAAUGAAUUUCUUGAAGAAGAGGUUGUAGAAUAAGUCUUAUCAAAUGAACAAGCUAGACCAGAAAAUAUCCAUCAAAAUACCAAUUGUUCAGAUGAUGGUCAUUCUAAAAAGGAAGAUAUUCCUAUUUAUAGAUGGCAAAGUGAUUAACAAUCAGGAGGAUUAUAAGAAUAAGCCUUAAUAUCUCCAGAUCAAUCUUUCAAAAUAAGAAAAUUUUGA